AUGGGUCAGGAGGUGGGACCCGGAGUGGAACCGGAAGAGUAUGUGGUGACUGAUUACGAAUAUGACGAAUCUAACCAGGAGUCAGAUGAAGGAACGAAAGUUAAGGAGACAUCUAGUAAACCCCACCUAUCGAAAGCCCUAUCAGGCCCGCACACGAUUCAAGAAAGUGAUACAGACUACAUACGCUCUCUUGAGAAAGAAAUAACUAAUCUCAAGCGUCAACUCUUAGCGGCCGAAACUAGAGCCAUUCGAGCCGAGCAAAGGGAAGAAAUAAUCACCCAGGAGGUGAAUGAACUGGCUGAACUCCUGAUACGCCAGCUUGAUGAUUAA